AUGAAAAGUCGAGGAGAAACCAUCAAGAAGAUUGAAUCCCAAGUAGGAUAUUUUUCUCAGAAAAUUCCUAAGCCUACUGAUAGGUUCCCAAGUGACACUGAGAAGAAUACAAGAGGAGGAACAAAAAAUGUGAGAUGGAAAGAAUGCAAGGCAAUUACCCUCGCAAGUGAGGAGGUUUUGGAGGAAGAAAUUAGCAAUUCAACAGAACAUACCCAAGGAGUUCUUGAGGAUAAGAUGGAAGAGAUAGAACAAGGGACUAGCCUUGUACAAAGGAAGGAACCAAAAGAGAAAGAAUUCCUUAAACCUUAUGUUCCACAAGCACCAUUCCCCCAGAGACUCAUGGGUAGUGAGAAGGAGAAAACAUACACUAGAUUUCUAGAUGUGUUUAAGUAUCUUCAUGUCAACAUCCCCUUCCUUGAGGCUCUCCAACAGAUGCCCACAUACAUUAAAUGUAUGAAGGAGUUAUUGACCAAGAAAAGUACCCUGAAGGGAGGACAAAUAGUAAUGAUGAAUAAGGAAUAA